GUUGCCCAUGUCCUUCGGCCGCCGCAUCGAGAGCGAUGCGCUACGUUUGAGGCGAAGGCAGUGGAGCCCCCUGGGCGCCUACCAGCCAUGCCGCAGACGGGUCGAGUUGCAGAGCCCAUUCAGAGGAGCCCAGAAGAAGCAGAGAAGGACCAGUACAAACUUUGGCCACUCCUUCCCCUUGAGCUUCGCGAGCUCGCAGAGCCAUGCGCUUCGCGCUUCGUAGAUUUCGUGAAGAGGACGCAAGGAGCCUCGGAUUUGGAGUUCGAGCAAGUGAGGGGAGAUGUCCGGAAGUUCAUCAAGGAAUUGGCUGGGCAGGUGGCAGCUAAGCGAGAACAGCUUGGCUUGGAAGUCGGAGACAGCAAGGAGUCUGCCGAAGCAGCUCGCGCAAAGUGGAG